UCUCUGUCUCUAUACAGCUCGGAUCAUCUUCAGCCGACAGAGAACGCUUUGUUCUCACCGCAGAGUAACAAUUUUUUGUCGCUUUCAGUAUCUUGUCAUUUGCAAGAGACGACCGCGAUGCAACGCGACGAGCUUCGCCGAAGAAAGCUGACGAAACAUAUUCACCGGACCUGAUAAUAAGGAAAACCAACAGACGACAAAAAAGAGAGAAGCACUGUUCAUCCAUUACACCUCAUCAGCAUGAACCCUCCUCCAGCAAAAAAGACUCGCCUCACGACGGCAUGCAAUGAGUGCAGGCGGCGAAAGGUCAAAUGUGAUGCAAACUAUCCAAAAUGCACAAAUUGCUGCAGCAGGAAUUCGGAAUGCUUUACAAGCGAUCCCAAAAGACCUGAAAUUCCCGUUGUGAGAGAGUGGGUGGACGUCCCUGAGAAGCCAACCCAGAAUCCACCUCCCGCUCCGAUGCAGAACCCACCACCAAUUGGUCCACUAUCUGAACGGGAGGGCCUCAGUCACGAAGCGCCUGAGGCCAACUAUCUUCCUCCGGCCAUUAGGCGGUCAGUGGAUUUACCUCAGCCAUCUCCACAGCCAUUGAACAACCAUACGCCUUCCAUCAAUGGCAAUUUGGGUACUCCCGUACUACCAGAAACAAAUGAUGUCUCACCUGUCCAGCAACCACACGACAUGUCCUUUAAUCUGGACUUCGUCAACAAUCGCUUCAAAAUGUUGGGCGCUAGUAGCGCACAGUGUUUGACAAAAUCGUUUGACAUAUACUUGAAAUCAUACAAUGUCGAACCAGUCUCUGCCCUCUUUCGUCAUGGUAUGCAGCAUGCUGAGGAGAUGGAAUUGCCUUUAAGCCUGGAACUGCUUCCAUUUCCCGAUUACAGCACGAGAGAGGCUUAUCUCACUGCUUACUUCACACGCUUGCACGUCUAUUACCCAAUCACCGACAUCGACGACACAAAAGCCAUCGUUCACCGAAUUGCUCCUUUGCCAGACCUCAAAUCGGUAUCAUAUACUAAGGUGCCACUCCUUGCAAUAGCAUAUCUUUUGAUGAGUCUUGGAGCUGAUGAGUUGAAUGGCGCACCUUCCGGUAUUGGCACAAGAUAUCUCAGGAUCGGUGCGGCACUCGCCGGUCAGUCUAUCAACUUCCCAUACCUGACGACAGUGCAGUGUCUAUUGUUGCUCGCCAUAUGCUACAGAGGAAGGAACAAGGACGGUCUAGCCUGGGGCGCAACUGGAACUGCUGUCAGAAUAGCUCAGUCAAUGGGACUGCAUCGACAUUCCGCAGUCAGGCCCUCAGAACAGCAUGGAAUACAACGACGAGAUCAGCAGUUGUUCCAUGCUCGCAUAUGGGCUGUAUGUUGUUGUCUCGAGAAGAUGGGACAGUUGGAGUGUGGAAGACCUUCUGCAAUUGGAGUGGUUAACACUGAUCAGAUGAUGGCAGCGGAUCAGCGUGCUCCCGGCCACGACUUUUUACAAUGGAACAUGGCUCUCGCGGAAGUUCAGCAUGACAUCUCAACACAUCUAUAUGGUCACCAGCCAGGCGAAAGAACAGCGAAGCAAAUCCUUCUCGACACCGCUAGACUGGAUAAGAAGCUUCUGCUUUGGCCCUCGCUAGUACCGGCCGAAUUACGACCAGGGAAUGACUUACUCUGCGGUGAUAAUCAGCUACACCUUGCCGCUUUCAUGUCUUUUCAGUACCACCAGUCCGUCAUUGCAGUACAUCGAGCUGCUUUGAUACAACCGAUAACAGCCUUGCAGCGGGAAAUAGACAAGCUCUUACCUGACAAUGACGCCAGAUACAGGCUGAGAGGUGGCGAGGCCAUAUGUGUCAGUAGUGCAAGAGCUGUCGCUAGAAUCACCAUCGAACUGAUGGAAAGGAAACUGGAUUCGCGUCUCUUGAGCGCAGGGCCUGCAUUGUUGGCAUGCGUGGUGCUUGCUACGUUCAUCAUCAAGAAUCCCGGAGGGAGGAUGCAGCUUUCUGAUCUGGAGUUGCUAAAAGCGGUCACUGAAUGGACAUCAGCCCAAUUCCGAAAAACCGGGAUGGACGAGCAGUUCUCAAAUGGUGCAACGAUCAUCUGCGAGCGAACAAUCGAAUGCCUUGCGCGAUGGAAAGCCGUACACAACAACAGACCUCCACAACACAGUCUCCCCAACAUUUCGCGAACAAACGCAAGUAGCUCGAGCAACGCCACAAGCUCGAAUGGAUACACCAUCAACAAUGGCAGCAAUAUCUUCCAAGCUUCCCCAAACGAUCAUCUCACCUCAAGCAGUAGCGGACAAAGUCAGCAGGCUAAUCUACGAGGCGGAUCAAAUUCAUCGCCGGCGUCGAACAUCAUGGGGAGAGAACAUUCGACUAUGCAGAUUGCCAAUAUCUUGCUUGACAAUGCAAGUCACACGACGGCGAUGGGUAGCCUGAACGACGGCUCGGAUUUGAGCACAUUGCCAUUCGAAGGCUACAAUCUUGAAGAAUUAUGGAAUUGGAUGGAUUCUGGAGGUGAUGUUGGAGGUUUCGAAGGUAUUGAUUGGGCAAACAGUACAGGUUUUGAAGAUCACUGAAUUUAGCGAUCAUCUUUGAAAGCACAUUUAUGGUUUGAUCGAAAUAUGAUUGGUAUAUCUAUGAAAACUGAGAAACAAUCUAAACAUUAACCUCAAC